GUCUCUCUCACUCCCUCUCUCCCCGAUACCAUGUUGACGGCAGAAAGACUAGCUGAGUUGGCUUCGUAUGAACAUAUCCAGGAUAGUUGGUACAUUCCCGCUAUUGCGUGUAUAUCUCAACUCAACUUGCCUGAGGAUGCACCUGUGAUUUGUUAUUUCGCAUUGCAACGUCGAGUUUUGAAUGCCGUUGAUCUAGUGAAACUCGCCCAACAAUGCAUUGAUACCGUGAGACGAGCACAACAGGAUCCAUCAUAUGAAGUUCCUCAACUAGUAUCUGAAGACUUGCCAUUGCUAUGUUCCAGGAACGAUGUUCUUGGAAUGCAACAAACUCUUAUCGACCAGACAAGAGAGGUUAUUCUCAAGAUUAGUGUGAUGAUUGGCAUGCCCAAGUCAAUCAACGCUAUGAUGGCCCUCAAGGCAGCAACACCAAAAUGCUUAAUGGCUACUGUUCAUAGAACUACUAUGCUUGAACUGGACACUAGUGAAGUAACUCCAAACUCCAUCAAUGUCGAUCAAUUGUCGCUUGAAAUUAAUAGAGGAACACAUUUUUGGAACGCUGUUUACUCCAAGAUAAGCCAACGAGUGCAAACACAAAUUUACAAUGCGUAUCCAGACUUGUGGAACUACAUCUUCCAUCACAUAUACAGUCCAUUGCUCAGUUAUACAGACAUAUUACCCGGCAAGGAGACCUCAUUCGCAGCAAUUGCCUGUAUGAUUCCCCAGGAUGUCAAUCCACAACUCAAGGGACACUUGAAGGGCGCAUUGAACAAUGGCGCUAGUGUUGAGCAAGUCAAUCUGGUUAGACAGCUUGUACUUGAUAUGUGUGAGUGGAAGGGUGAUGUUACUUGGAAAGAUGGUAAGGAAAGUAUACCUCGAGUGUAAACGUGUGUAUAUUUGCUUUUCUAUAGAAUUGACGAAUUAUAUAUAUAGAUAGAUGUGAGUGAGUGUGUAUGUGUGUUAUAGAUUAUAGUUGUAUUCUUCCUUGUCUCUUUAUCAACCACACUUGUGAUCCACAGAAUACAAAGAAUGCCAAGUAGACAAAAACAGCACCGAAUACAGUGGAUGCCACGGCCUCGCCAUCUUCAGGAUCAUUUAUCGACCCCAUGAACGAUUCACUGUUUGUCUUGAACAAGUACCCAAUGACCGAUAAUAUAACUAUGGCAAAUGCUGAUAAUAUAGUACAACAGUAUGCUUGGAAUGAUGACACGAUUGGCUUCAUGGUGGUGAUUGAUUGGUGGUGAUGACGAUGAUGAU